AUGGCCACCAAUAACAGUGAUACCAAAAAUACUUUCCUAGAAGGUAGGGCCCAAAAUCUAACCGGUGAACAAAAACUAGUUUUACAAAAAGUAUGGGCUCAAUUAUUACUCUUUUGGGGUGUAAAGGUUAAAGUUGAUCAUAUUUUAACCCCAUAUGAUAAAAAAAAUUGUGCAUCGGAAAAAGAAGAAAUGAAAGAAGAGGAAAAGGCGGAAAUGGAGAAACAUACUAUUGAAAACAAACAUACCAAAAAAAAAUCACACAGCGGUGGUUGGUUCGGAUCACAUUCUUCCAGCAAGAAAAAGGAACAUGAAGAAAAGGCAAAGCUAGAGCAUAAGCUUGAAGAGCAAGAUAAAGAAAAUAAAUCAAUUGAAAAACUCAAUAACACACAACACGAAAGUGAUAAUGAAGAAGACAAUGGUGAAACUUUUGAUACUAGAUCUAAUAGAUCUGCUGCUGCUAUUGAGGAGUCGUAUCCUCACUGCUACAUCCAUGAUUCUCUAAAAGAUUUGAAGCCGGAGGAAAUUAAAGAGGAAUUUUGGAACAUGUUAAGGGUAGAAUCUCCUGAUAACUUAUUAUUAAGAUACAUCAGAGCUAGAAAAUGGAACAUUGAUAAGUCACUAGUCAUGAUUUCUCGUACCUUUGAUUGGAGAUUGAAUAAGUUACAACCAGAUAAGAUCCUUAGGGAAGGCGAAAAAUAUGCUUUUGACCAUAAAAUGGAUGGCUUAAUUAAAAACUAUGAAUCCAUGAAAGCUAGCAUUAGAGGGGUUGAUUUAGGUGGUCAUCCAAUUGUUUUGGUUCGGGUUAAAUUGCAUCAUCCUUCCGAACAGACUGAAGAAGAAGUUGAAAGAUAUGCCCUUACCGUGAUCGAGGAGGCCAGGUUAUUUUUAAAAGAACCUAUCGACCAAGCCACCAUUGUUUUUGAUUUAACUGGUUUUAGUUUAUCUAAUAUGGAAUAUUCCCCUGUCAAGUUUUUAAUUGAAUGUUUUGAGGCUCACUACCCUGAAUGCCUAAGCAAGUUUAUCAUCCAUAAGGCACCAUGGGUCUUCAAUUCCAUUUGGAGUAUUAUUAAGAACUGGUUAGAUCCAGUUGUUGCUUCUAAAUUUAUUUUCACCAAGGGCCAUAAAGAUUUACUAAAGUAUAUUGCAUUGGAACAUAUUCCUGAGUAUCUGAGCGGUGGAGAUAAGUAUAACUACCAUUACCAAGCACCUGGCAAUUGGGAUGAAUUGGAUUCUAAAUUAAACGAUCAUGAAACCAGAGAUUUAUUGAUAUCAAAAAGAGACGAAAUUAUUGGUAGAUUUAUAUAUAACACUGUUCAAUGGAUUGAAACUGGUGAGGAUGGGUUUUUUAAGGAAAGAUUAAAAAUUGGUGAAGAAUUUAAAAAUAAUUAUAUUGAAUUGGACCCGUAUAUCAGAUCUAGAUCAUAUUAUGAUUGGGAAAAUUUAUUAAAGCUUUAA